AUGGGAAGUUUAUCAAAAGGUUUAAUCGUUGUUUCUUUACUACAACUUUUCCAUGCUGGAUUUUCUAGCUCCGAAUUUCAACAACUACUGAAAACACAACAACUUCAUAAAUAUCUAAAUGAAGCAGGCUUACCGUUAGAUAUUAAAUUGGAAGUAUUCAUGGGAUUGAUAAUAUUUGUUAUAGGGAUAUUUUUAUCAUUUGAAAAGCUUCAAUUCCAACCAAUUGAAUUAACAAGACCAACAGUGAUUACAGGUGAAUAUUUAUCUGAUAUACGUUAUAGAAAGGCCACUAAUGUUGAGAAUUUAACAGGGUCAAAUCUAGAGGGUCAAAUCAUAUAUACAUCCAACUUGACUGACGUACACCAAAAGAGAAAAGAAUGUAGAGAUUGGAUGAAUGAAAAUACAGCUAAAUAA